AUGGAAGUGGCGUUGAAAACGUCGCUCAGUAGAGAUGAUACGGAUUUGAGUAAUCGAUUGAAGUACUAUGAAAUCAUCAAGAUAAAUCGAAGACUCGAAAAACGAGGGAUUGUUGACAUUAAUGUUCCAUACAACAAACAAGAACGACUGAUUUUCAGAGCUUUCAAUCGCCUUUUUGAUAUAUAUCUCACACCGAAGAAAGGCCUUCUUCAUAGGAAUUUCAAGUGUCGAGAAGUUGACGGCUAUGGCUUUGAAAAGUUAUGUACAGUUAAUCCUGAUGACCAUUUCGGUGGUCAUAUCCAUGGUGCUACUGAUUCUAUAGUAUCACUUACAUACGAUGAUGAAGGUUCUUUACUUGGCAUUAUAUGGGUUGCUGGCGAUUUGUAUAUCUUUGAACCUGCAAGAAUUCAUUUCGUAAUUUUUUUCCAAUACGUAAUGCUAAAUAAAAACGCACAACCAUGGGAAGUAUUGGCAUAUCGAAAUUCGGAUUUGAAAAUGAAAUAUAUUACUAGUAGUAAUGGGUCAUUUUGUUCAGCGAUAUCAUUAGGAAAUCAAAAUAACGUAUCAAAUCUGAAAUCGACGCGAAGUAAACGACAAAUAUUGCUGCCACCAGUACUAAAGAACAGAUGUGCUUUGCGUGUCGUCGCUGAUUACCAAUUUUUCAAAACAAUUGGAAAUGGCAGUCAAGCAUUCUCUGCUAGAUAUCUGAUUAACGUAAUCGAUCGUGUUAAUGCACUUUAUACAACAACAGAUUGGGGCAUAGAUGAAGAUGGCCGACGAUUAAUCAAUAUGGGUUUUAUGAUAAAAGAAAUGAUAAUCCAUACGUCACCAACUGUCGAUCAACCUAAUCAUUAUAAUUCUGUUAGUAACGUGAAGCGCAGUGUUAAAGCAGUACUUGAUAAUUUUUCUCGAAUACAAGGAUCUGAUAAGUAUUGCCUUGUUCACCUAUUUACAGCCCAAUCAUUCGAAAACGGAGUCCUAGGUUUGGCUUAUAUCUCAUCACCUGAGCUUAAUGCAGCUGGUGGAAUUUGUUCAGUACAGAACAGAGAUCGCUUGGGUGUGGUAUAUUACAAUACCGCUCUUUCAAGUACAAAAGCUACUCAUGGUGGAACAGUAGUAUCGCGUGAGGCGGAUAUUGUGACUGCUCAUGAAUUGGGCCAUAAUUGGGGUGCUACACACGAUGAUAUGUCAUUGGAAUGUUCACCACCAUAUGGUUCAGGUGGCUCUUAUAUCAUGAAUACUUUUUCCGUCUCUGGAUAUGAUGAAAAUAAUAAUCAUUUUUCACCUUGCUCACGUCGUCUGAUUGGGAAAGUUCUAUCACGAAAAGCUGAUAUUUGUUUUGAGCCUGAAAUGAGUGCCUUUUGUGGUAAUGGUAGAGUUGAAGUAAGUACUGAUGGUUUUGCAGAAGAAUGCGAUGUUGGUGGUUUAAUAUCAGAAACUGUUGAUAAAUGUUGCACAUCAGAUUGUCGUCUUAAACCAAAUGCAAUCUGUUCACCAAAAAAUAGUCCCUGUUGCUCUAGUGAUUGUCAGUUUCUUCCUUCAACGCAUCUUUGUCUCCAUGAAAAUCGAUUUCAGUGCAAGCUUUCUUCAUACUGCACAGGCAAUUCAGGUGAGUGUCCAGAGCCAGGUUUUGUAGAAGAUGGAACAUCUUGUAUAGAAGAUGGGGAAUGUUUAAAUGGUCAGUGCCUUACGUUCUGUGAAAGACCUUCUGUCAACAAAAAACCUUGUAUGUGUAGUAGAGAAGCUGUUGCUUGCUUACGUUGUUGUCGAUCAGAAAAUGGGACAUGUGAGCCGUAUAGUCGUGAUCCGAAGUAUGUGUUGAAAGAUGGAACACGUUGUAUUCAUGGCACAUGUUCGCGGGCUGUAUGUAUCAAAGAAGUUGCUGAUGUCGUUUCACAUUUCUGGAAUAUCAUCGAAAAUCUGGAUGAAACGAAUUUUUGGAAGUUUGUUUCCGACAAUUUGGUUGGUAUCAUUGUAGCAGUUGUUCUCAUUGUUUGGGUCCCAGCAAGCGUAUUGAUUCACAAAAUGGAUAAAGUUUAUGAAGCAGCAGCGAAAGAGGAAAGUGAUAACCGUAUUGAAGUUGUUGGUGAAAAAUCUAUCUACAAAUAUAUUCUCAACUCAUAG